CGCCCCCGACCCCGGACAGCGGCCUGGGCGCGGCGCCGAGCCCUCGGGAGGGGAGCCGGAGGCCAGCCUCGGCGGGACUAACUCAUGAAGAACAAGGGUGCCAAGCAGAAGCUGAAACGAAAGGGAGCCGCCGCCGGAGCCUUUGGCUGUGACCUGACCGAGCAUCUGGAGAGCUCAGGACAGGAUGUUCCAUACGUAUUGAAGAGCUGUGCCGAAUUUAUAGAGACUCACGGCAUCGUGGAUGGAAUUUAUCGGCUUUCGGGAGUCACCUCAAAUAUACAAAGGCUAAGGCAAGAGUUUGGCUCAGAUCAAUGUCCAGAUCUGACAAGGGAAGUGUACCUCCAGGACAUUCACUGUGUGGGCUCACUCUGCAAGCUCUACUUUAGGGAGCUGCCCAACCCUCUCCUGACUUAUGAGCUCUAUGAGAAAUUCACGGAAGCAGUGUCACAUUGCCCGGAAGAAGGCCAACUGGCCCGAAUCCAAAAUGUUAUCCAGGAGCUUCCCCCAUCCCAUUAUAGGACCUUGGAAUACCUGAUUCGACACCUGGCCCACAUCGCCUCCUUCAGCAGCAAGACCAACAUGCAUGCCAGGAACCUGGCCCUGGUGUGGGCGCCAAACCUGCUCAGGUCCAAAGAAAUCGAAGCCACUGGUUGCAAUGGAGACGCAGCUUUCCUUGCAGUUCGGGUCCAGCAGGUGGUGAUUGAGUUCAUAUUGAAUCAUGUGGAUCAAAUCUUUAACAAUGGCACACCUGGGUCUUUGGAGAACAAUGAAAACCCGCCCAUCAUGAAGAGCCUGACCUUGCCAGCCCUCUCCUUGCCCAUGAAGCUGGUGAGCCUGGAGGAAGCUCAGGCCCGGAGUCUGGCUACUAAUCAUCCUGCUCGGAAGGAAAGGAGGGAGAAUAGCUUGCCUGAAAUUGUCCCUCCCAUGGGCACCCUCUUCCACACUGUUCUUGAGUUACCAGACAACAAAAGAAAGCUCUCCAGUAAAUCGAAGAAGUGGAAAUCAAUAUUUAACCUGGGACGUUCUGGAUCAGACUCCAAAUCAAAGCUGAGUAGAAAUGGGAGUGUAUUUGUGAGAGGACAGAGGCUCUCAGUGGAAAAGGCUACCAUCCGACCAGCUAAAAGCAUGGACUCGCUGUGCUCAGUGCCUGUGGAAGGGAAAGAAAACAAAGGAAAUUUUAAUCGAACGGUCACCACCGGUGGAUUCUUCAUUCCAGUGGCAAAAUUGCAUUCGACCAACCCCGGCAGCUCAUGCGAUCUCAGCAAGCAGGAGGGCGAGUGGGGCCAGGAGGGGACACCAGUGGGGGCAGAGGGGGGCUUCGACAUGAGCGGUGACCGAAGCCAACUGCAGGGUGCUCAGGCCCGGCCCCCGCCCGAGCAGCUCAAGGUGUUCCGGCCCAUCGAGGACCCCGAGAGCGAGCAGACAGCCCCCAAGAUGCUGGGUAUGUUCUACACGUCCAGCGACAGCCCCAGCAAAUCUGUCUUCACCAGCAGCCUCUUCCAGAUGGAGCCCUCUCCUCGGCACCAGCGCAAAGCCCUGAACAUCUCUGAGCCCUUUGCCGUGUCCGUGCCGCUCCGAGUGUCAGCUGUCAUCAGCACCAACAGCACCCCAUGCAGAACACCCCCGAAGGAGCUCCAGUCACUCUCCAGCCUGGAAGAGUUUUCUUUCCAGGGGUCAGAGAGUGGAGGUUGGCCUGAAGACGACAAGCCACUGGGAGCCGAGACUUCUGCAGCUUCUCUACCUAAGAAGGUGGCUCUCGAGGAUGCCAAGCAAGGACCAGAAGCAGUGAGGACAGUGGAAUGCAACAAGGACCCCUCCCUGGAGCCAGGCUCCCAACUGGAGGAAAAGAAGACCUCAGAAACUUCCCUGGGCUCUCAACAUUCAAGUGAAUUAGAGAAGAGGCUUGACCUGGAGAAGGCGGAGGAGGAGGAGGAGGAGGAGAAGGAGGGUGGAGAGGCUGGCCAGGUGGAGCCCAGCACUCUGCAGGAGAGCCCCAGGGCCAGAGCCGAAGCGGUGUUUCUCCAUGAGAUGGAUGAAGAUGACCUGGCCAAUGCCCUGAUCUGGCCCGAGAUUCAACAGGAGCUGAAGAUCAUUGAAUCCGAGGAGGAGCUCUCGUCCCUGCCACCACCUGCUCUGAAGAUCAGCGCGGCCCAGCCCACCGUGGGGUCCGGCCCGGGGCCUUUGGCUUCCCCGGAGCCCCCUGCGAGCUUAGCCCGCGGUCCCCCCGCAGGCCCCACCCCCGCGGAGGCGGGGACUAGGGAGCCGACCAAUCAGAGCGCACAGGGGGCCUCCCCGGCAGCCAAUAGGGAAAAGCCGGAGAGCCCGAGCCCGAGCACUAGCGCGAGCAUCCUCCCGAGGCCCGAGCCCGAGAAGGGCCGGCGGCCGGACCCCACCGGCCUGGCUCCUCUGGAAAUACUUCCUCUUGGGGCAGCUUCUCCACCAGCACAGGUGGACCGGGAAGGCCCGGGGGAGCUGUCUCCUCUUCUCCCGCCUGCUGCCCCCCCUCCAACUCCUCUGGAGGAGGCGCCUCGAAUCCAGCCACCAAGGGGCAGCCCCGAGGGAGCAGACCCGUCCAGGAGCUCGAGGACUCAGGCUUGCACAGACCUGCCGAAGCCCGGGGGCAGCCCGGGGGCCCCUCGCCGGUGUCCGGGGCAGGAGGCCCCUCGAGGACAAAGGGAAAAGCGAAAUUCGAAGAAUGCUGCUCCGGAUCCUGAGGGAAAAGGCUCUGGUUUGGGGAGCCCAACAGGAGAGGCGGAGAGCUCCCCACCAGGAGACGGGGAGGUGGCCCAUUCCGCGCAGGAGCCCUCAGACUGUGACGAAGAUGAAGCUGUGACCGACAUCGGCCAGCAUGGCCUGGAGAUGGUGGAGCCGUGGGAGGAGCCCCAGUGGGUAACGAGUCCCCUUCACUCUCCCACCCUGAAGGAUGUGCAAGAGGCCCAGGUGCAGGGUGCCCAGGGCCUCCGACUGGAGAAGAGGCUCCCGCACAGGCCCGGCCUCCGUCAGAGCCAUUCUCUAGAUGGCAAAACCACCGCGGGUAGGAGCCAGUGGACUCUUGAGGCUCCGUCCUCCAGCAGCUGUGCCAACCUCGAAGCAGAGAGGAAUUGCGACCCUCUGCAGCCCCUGGCACCCAGGAGAGAGAUUACUGGAUGGGACGAGAAAACCCUGAGGUCCUUCAGAGAGUUCUCUGGCCCAAAGGGGACAGAGGCUGUUCCCAGCCAGAAGGGACCGGGUGGUUUGCAGCCCCAAACAGCCGAAAUCAUCCCUGUCGGCCUAGCAGAAGGAGAGGACCCGGGGACACACCAGGAGCAGAGCAGCCCUCAGCUUGAGCGAGGUGGGGUUCCUGGGCCAGACGGCAGCAAGGAGAGUUCACCUCGUGUGCAAGACGGCUCCUCACCUGGAGAGCGUCCUCCAAAGUUACAGCCGCAGAGCACUGAGUGUGGGCCUCCAAAAGGGAAAAACAGGCCUUCUUCUCUCAACUUGGACUCCACUGUUCCCAUCACUGACCUCUUCCGGUUUGACAAUGUGGCCUCAUUUGGUUCACCUGGAAUGCAGCUCUCUGAGCCAGGAGACACAAAAGUCACAUGGAUGACCUCAUCUCACUGUAAAGUAGACCCGUGGAGUGUUUGCUCCCAGGACCCUCAGGACCUGGACAUUGUUGUUCAUGCCCUGACAGGCCGCCGUAACUCAGCUCCUGUGAGCGUGUCAGCUGUGAGAACCUCCUUCAUGGUCAAAAUGUGCCAGGCUAGGGCAGUCCCAGUCAUCCCACCCAAGAUUCAAUACACACAGAUCCCACAGCCCCUGCCCUCUCAGAGCUCAGGGGACAGUGGAGGGCAGCCUCUGGAGAGGAGCCAAGAGGAACCCAGCUCAACUGGUGGGACCUCUCAGAGAUCUGCCAGAGAGGAUUCUCUCUCCUUGGAAAGCCCAAAAGAAGAGAAGCCAAAGCAAGAUACAGGAGCCAUUGAGUCCUUGCCAGUGGAUACCACUACAUCCCACAUGUGUGAGGGACCCACCCUUCCUCCAGAACCAGUCUUGGCUAACCUGCUCUCCACCCAGGAUGCAACAGUGCAAUGCAGAAAGCGCACAUCAGAGACAGAGCCAUCCGGAGACAACCUUCUUUCUUCAAAAAUAGAGCGACCGUCCGGGGGUUCUAAACCUUUCCACAGGUCAAGGCCAGGAAGACCUCAGAGCCUAAUCUUAUUCAGUCCUCCUUUCCCCAUUAUGGACCACCCUCCCCCUUCAUCCACAGUGACAGAUUCCAAGGUUCUCCUGUCCCCUAUCAGAAGUCCCACCCAGACAGUUUCCCCUGGCCUUCUUUGUGGGGAUUUGGCGGAAAACACAUGGGUCACACCAGAAGGGGUUACACUUAGGAAUAAAAUGACCAUCCCUAAGAAUGGCCAAAGACUAGAGACCUCAACCAGCUGUUUUUACCAGCCCCAGCGGAGAUCAGUGAUUCUGGAUGGAAGAAGUGGGAGGCAAAUAGAAUGACAUCAGUUCACCUGCUGGUGUCUGGGAAAAAGUGGCAUGAUUCAUCAUCUGGAAGUUAUUCCAGGGCCAGCGUGGCCAUUAUUCCAGGAAUAGGUUAUCCAAGUUUGGGCUUAUUUUGGCCUCUUUUCUUUCUCCAGCUUUCUGACCAUUUAUUAAUUAGUCCAUUUGCCAGAAGAGAGGUCAAGGGAAGGACCCAGGGAUGAAAUUUACAUAAAUCCAUAACGGUAGGUGGGAAAAGGUCAGGUAAGGGAAGAAGAUGGAGUGCUUGCUUCCACUGAGUUUGGGAUUAUGAGUUGCAUUUCUCCCACAUUGUCAUUAUCUAUUAUCGUUGAGAGUUGGCUAAAAUAACGCGUCUUUUGAAAGAAAGAAAAAUCCUUUGCCUGUGUUGGAAAAUGUUGCUGUUGAGGUUUGAAGGCCUCCUCUUUACUUCACGCUUUUUAAUGCUCCUUAAAGCAUGUUUUCUUUUAGAUCAGUUUUCUGAUAAACUUUGUAGAAGUGUACACUCCAAAACAGAAGCAGGUUUGGAGGUGCAAGCUAAUGUACACUUAGAGAUCCAAGUGGGUGAGGUUACCCAUGCUCUUUCCCUGGAAUCUCUGCAGACCUGUCAGAGAUGGUUCCAUAAAUCAGCGUAGAAAAUCAGAAUCGAUACACGAGAGCAAAUUCGUACUGGCUGCGGCUUCUUUUGUUAAUUUGGGACUCUACCAUUAUCCUCACCUCUGAUUUAUAAAUCCAGUAGCUGGGCAGGGUGAGGGCUGAGUUGAGGGUUACCUCAGUCAAUGUGCUGACUUUUCACUUAGGUAUGGAGUAGUGAUCUGUGUGCUUUCCAAAUCAGAGUCCGUGAGCAGGAUAUCAUCAUAGAGGAAAACCCCAUGCAUAGGUAGGACCACACGAUGUGUUUAAAGAACUGUACUAAUGUGUUCCAAUCGAUGGGGCAGUAGUAGAAAACACUUCUGGCUCAGCUUCCCAGUCUUCCCAUGCUAGGCUAGGAGUAUGGGAGAGGAUAAGGAGGGAGCCCUAGCAGGGUGGCCAUCACUACCACUCGGUGAGAGCUGCCUGCAGAAAAUGUAUUUCAUUUUAGCCUGCGGGUGCCUCCCUUUCUCCCUCUCCUUCCAUUACUCAGAGCAGAUUUGAGGCACCUUCCUCCCCCCUGAUGCCCCUCAUCCACCACCCACCCCAGGCCCUCCCACUUGCCUUUCUCCUGUCUAUAUGCAAGCAGAAGCAAUAAACCAAUCUGAUUUUAUAUCAGUUAUUUAGAACUUCCAAUGGCUCUUUCUUUUUUCAGCUGGUGAGAGGAAGGAAAACUAAUAUAACCUGCUGGCAGAUUUUUGGUGCUCCCCCCAAAAGGGCUUCCCAAGAGCCCUUCUCAAAGCAAAACCCAUUAGGGUAUCAAUAGUUUCAAACCUUCUAAGACAACAAUCUUAUUAUUUAGGAACAAAUUAAGAGAGACCUGUUUCUAGCCCUAUUCACAUCUUCUCAGGCUCAAGUCCGGCUCAACUCUGUUCACAAGCUGUCAUUGCAGAAAUUUCUCUAGGGACUGGCAGUACCUCUCAGCAGACCUCACAACCAAGGCCGAACUGAAGUUACCUCAUCUGGGAAGAAAUUAAAAGCCGAUAUCCCGCAACAGAUACAUAUUCCUCUCUCCCUUCUUCCCUGAUAAGCCUUAGUUUUGAAAUCUAGUGCUAGGCCUUUUAAGCCAGUGUCUGUGGCAAGGGUAACUGGUAGGCCAGCUAAUGAGUUCUUUCAGGGGGCACUGAGGUGUGUGAGCAAGAGGAACAGUGAAGAGGCAGUUCAGUGUCUUCCAUUCUCAUUAGGUGAGUGAGACCCUGGACCAGCAGCCAAUGAGAAGUCAACCCAUAAAAAACCGUCCUAGGGCAUAGCAUUUUUCCUCCUUGGCAAACAAGGUGAAGAAAUAUAGUGGUGACAGAUGAGAAAGGCCAUGUUCAGGAGAUUUGGAAAGUACAUUCCUGCCUUAUCAGAAAAUGUGGGCAGAUAGGCUUUCUCCCAUCGCAGUGCACUAUGGUGUCUACACUUUGAUAAAGACCACGUUCCAGUUAGAAUGUGAGGGAAGAAAGGAACUGGACUUUGCUUCACCAACAGAGCUCUGAACCGAGUAACGAAAUAUUUAAACUAUUUUGUGAUCAUUUUGAAUUUUUGUUUGUAACACUUAGAGGAUAUAUUUUAUAUGGGGAUAGACUGAGAAGCCAUGAAGUUCAUAUAGGGAGUUCCGCUCCAGGCGCCCAGGCAGAUUCUUCAAAGGCUGCCCUGCUCCUUCGACUCUGUCAUCUCUUGUUCAUAGCGUCAUCUUCAGGAGUUUGGGUAUGCGGAUGCCAUCAAGAGACACAAUGACAACUGUCUGGAGAUACUCUCUACUCUGAGCUCUCCUAGCCAGUCAAUCCGGAAGGCUGUGGAAGCUGACUCACCUUCUUGAUUAGUGCCCUGCGGCCUAAAUGUGGACUUCUUCGCUAUAGCCCAGCCUGUCAACUGUCACAAACACAUUCAUAAACUUCCUGUGGGCUGGGCUAACUUGACGCUGAGGAAAUUCCAUUUCAUGGCAGAGAGAACUCACAUUUUUUUUUUUUUUCCCCUGAAAUCGUUCCCUCAAAUGCCCCGAGAUUACCUAUUUGGUCAUUCAUUUAGGACUGAAAAGUGACCCCUCUGAGAAUGGCUGGAUGGAAAUCAAAUUGCCUGCUUCCAUCCAGAGGAGAGACAGAACAAGGGCUAGUGGUUUUAGGAGGAUCUAUCUGCAUGGUGCCCUACAAAGGGCUGCAAAAUCAAGAUUCUCAAAGUGCUUCUUCGAAUCAGUUACCAUUCCUUAAAAUGGGUGGUUGAUUUUAAAUGGUGAAUUGGAAAUGAAAUGCAUGCAUCUCCUACUGUUUUCUUUCAGUUUUAGUGGUUGCUUAUGAUAAUAAUCUAUAUUUAUUGGCAAAAUGGCCCUCUCAGGCCAUUUUGGGGGGAGAGGGGCAAAAUGGACCAGAUAGAGGGAAUCUGGUUUUUAUUCUUUGCUUCAGAUGGAAUGUGGACAGACCUCACCAAGAACCCCACUAAGCCUAAUCUAAAGCCCUAAAAUUCAAAAUAUUGGCCAAAAUUCUGGAUUCUGGGGAAAUUAAAAAUGUAAGCAUCAUCAUCUUCAACAAUAUUUAUCAAGAGCUUAGUAGUAUUGCACUGGGUACCUUAGAACUCUUAAAUCCCUGAAGAGUCUAAUGAAAAAAGGGAGCAAGUGAAAAAAGUGGUAACAAGUGAAACGGUCCAUAAACAAAUGGGAGCAAGAUUUAGAACCAUUACCAAAUGAAAGUCGAAAGGGAAAAAUGUAGCAACUACCAUCUUUUAAUAGGAUUGUUAAUAGUGUUCAGGUUACCUGUUGGCUUUAAUUAAACACAAUGGCAAAUCCAAUAGAAGGUACUAGGGAGACACUCGGGCAUUGAGAAUUUUGCUUUGGUUGUUUAAAAAAUGUGAGAGUGGUAAUUAAGAACAAAUAGUUCUAAAGUUAUGUGUGGUCUUAGUUGGUUUGAUUGUGAAGUCCUGCUGGAUCUCUGCUAAUGAGCCACUUCAUGUCAGCAUUCCAGGCUCCUGGAGAGGGGGCUUUAGAGAUGUCCAUCAUCACAAAAUAGGUUAACUCCUGUUGAUGAUGAAGUCAUAGGUCCAAGAUAAGAUGUUACUUUCAUGUCGCAUGUUCACCGCAUGCUAAUCACAUUUGACCAAAAUUGGGUGGUACAGUCAUUUGUCUACACAGGUCUCGUGUUGCUGCCUGAAGAGGUAGUGGGGAACAUAAGACUCACUGGUCUAGAAUUGGAGCGAGAGAGGUUCAGGACAGAUCCAGUUCUCACCAGGAUUGAGUAGGACCACAUUCUACAAUGGCUUGUCCUAUCUGAUGACAAAAAUGAAUCUUGGGGCUAAAUGUUUUCAGGAGUAUAAUUUUAGGCACUUCCAGCAGAAGGUCAGCUAAAAAUGUAGAAUGACAAAGAAUGUGUCCUCCUUUGUCAAUACCUUCUUUAGCAGUCAGGCCAGAAGAAGGAGCAGGCACCUUUCCAAGCAGGGAGAGGCAUAGGAAAUGGAAGAAGGACAACUGCCUGAGAUCAGUGUUGGUCCAGAGUGUAAAACUGGGGGCCACCAUGGAUGGGCUGGCGCACCGUAAGUCAUUUAGCAGCCUUGAGGGUCAUGAGCAGUGCAAAAUCACGUCUCUGUGAGGAUGAAGGAGGAUGUAGCUAAGUCUAAGAAAUCCGUGAACUAUGCAGCCAUGUGUUCUACUGGAUGCAUCACGACGCUUUGCAAUAACUUAAUGCCAUAGUAAUUCCUGGCUUAUAAUUCUGCAAGGUAAAGCACUUUUUCAAAGGAGUUUGUUAGAAAUCCACAUGGUUUCAGCUUGUUUGUUGAGCUCGACAAAUAUGUUUCCAAAGAUAUAAUCAAAUUUUUUCUAUUGAUUAAAGAAGUAUAAAUAUUAAACCUAUCCAUAGAGACAUUUAAGUGUAAUUAAAACAUUGUUACGCUUUAAAAAUGUAUUCUAAUAAAUGAUAUAAAGGAUAAUGCUUAUGAUGGCACUAUGAACUAGAGGAGGACCUGGGGUCACCAGAAUCAGUAGUAGGAAAAGUAGAUUAUAUGCAUCAGUCUCGUUGUUCUAGUUCGAUGUUAGUUUUUACUUGGAGGUUUGGUCUCACAGCCAAAGUCCUGAUGAUUUGCUUCAGUAAAUUUUUCUUGUUUUUGUUAUUUUA